AGAGAGAGAGAGAGAGAGAGAGAGAGAGAGAGAGAGAAAGAGAAGGUGAAACAAAGGGACUGCAUCGAAUCAGGAGAAACCCCAAAAGGAUCACGAAAUAUCUGUGACUUUGAUUUCUUCUGCUGAUUCCUUUUUUCUUCCUAAACCCCACCUCAUCUUCUUCUUCUUCUUCUUCUUCAUAUCUUCUUCUUCUUCUUGCUAUCAUUCUUCUCUGUACUUUGUCUAUAAAUACCACCCACCAGUUACGUUCAUUGCAGCAUACACCAUACCAUACACAUCUCGUGUGUCUCUCUGCUUCCUUCUUUAUUGUUCUUGUCAGAGGAUUGCUUCAUUUAUUGCUCUCUUUCUCUCCUCUUUUAUUGCCAUCUCCCUUUACUUUUCUUUUUUCCCUCUCUAUCUGUUUUUUAUUUUUUGGGUGUUGAGUGGAAGCCAUGGAUGCUUCUUCUUCUACAGCUAACGACAUGAUGGUUAUGGAUUAUGGGGAUGAACCCCAUGUUCUUGCCGUUGACGAUAAUCUCAUUGACCGCAAGCUCAUUGAGAAAUUGCUCAAGAACUUCUCUUGCAGAGUGACCACUGCAGAAAAUGGGCUGAGGGCUUUGGAGUAUCUGGGUUUGGGUGAUAAUCAACAGACCACCCACAAAGCCAGUGUUUCAAAGGUGAAUUUGAUAAUUACAGACUACUGUAUGCCAGGAAUGACAGGCUAUGAGCUGCUCAAGAGAGUCAAGCAGUCAUCCAUCUUGAAGGAGGUUCCAGUUGUGAUAAUGUCAUCAGAAAACAUCCCAACUCGAAUCAAUAAGUGCCUGGAGGAAGGAGCUCAAAUGUUCAUGCUAAAGCCCCUCAAGCAGUCUGAUGUGAAGAAACUAAGAUGUUACUUGAAGCACAGAAGCUAAACACAUUUUUUUCCCUAGAAAAUUAAGCAAGAAAAUCCAUCCGUAGGGGUAGGAUACCUUUUUCAUACACAGUAGUAGUAGUAGACUAGUAGUAGUAGUAUCACCCCCGCUCCCCCCCACAAAAAAAACCCACAAUCCCUGCAUAAUUGUAUGAGAAUAGUUUCAAUGAAUGAAUAUUCUUGUUUGGUGGCCUUCAACUCAAA